GGUCUGGGGAAGUGCACGAGCCGAGCAAGGAUGAUGCUGUCCGUCUAUGGCUGCGACGGUUACACGCUUGGCACCGACAAGGGCUGUCUACUUCUUGGGUGGAAAGGCAGGCCGAUCAUGCUUGCUUCUGCAUGGCAAGUCUCGUCGUCGUCCUCCUCAUCUCAUCUCCUUCCUCAUCUUGAGCAAAAUGGGUUUUUGCAUGAACCGCUGGGACCACCUCCCCUCCAAAUCUCUCUUCAAUCCUCCAUCUUCUUCUUCUUCUUCUUCUUCCAGGACUCCCCAGUUUCGCUUCUUUCUCUACUCUCCCAAGGAUUUGUCUUCCAUCUCCAAGACUCCCAAGCUCUUCUCCAAACUAUGGCCCGCCCCGCCUCUCCUCCCACCUCUCCGGAUGAUCACCAAAUGCGGCGCCGCCCCCGGUUCAGCCGACCACGCGCUGCUCCACAACGCGCCGGCCAAAUUAGGCAAGAGGACCGACUUGAAGAAGAUCAUGAUACUCGGCGCCGGUCCCAUCGUCAUCGGCCAAGCCUGCGAGUUCGAUUACUCCGGCACCCAAGCCUGCAAGGCCCUCAAGGAGGAAGGCUACGAGAUCGUUUUGAUCAAUUCCAAUCCCGCCACUAUCAUGACCGACCCUGACUUGGCUGAUAGGACUUAUGUGACCCCAAUGACGCCUGAACUGGUCGAGCAAGUUCUCGAGAAAGAGCGCCCCGAUGCUCUUUUGCCCACAAUGGGCGGCCAGACCGCGCUCAACCUCGCCGUCGCGUUGGCCGAGAGCGGGGUCUUGGACAAGUAUGGUGUCGAGUUGAUCGGGGCGAAGCUCGAGGCCAUAAAGAAAGCGGAGGACAGGGAUUUGUUCAAGCGGGCGAUGAAGAACAUAGGUAUUAAAACUCCUCCCUCCGGUAUAGGAACCACUUUAGAAGAAUGUAUAGAAAUAGCCAACGAGAUUGGGGAGUUUCCCUUGAUUAUUAGACCUGCAUUUACUCUGGGAGGAACAGGAGGUGGGAUUGCUUAUAACAAGGAGGAAUUUGAGGCCAUUUGUAAGGCGGGUCUGGCAGCGAGUUUGACGAGUCAAGUUUUGGUGGAGAAGUCGCUGUUGGGUUGGAAAGAAUAUGAGCUUGAGGUGAUGAGAGAUUUAGCUGACAAUGUGGUUAUUAUAUGCUCCAUCGAGAACGUUGACGCUAUGGGCGUUCACACGGGGGAUUCGAUCACGGUGGCGCCUGCUCAGACUUUGACGGAUAAGGAGUAUCAGCGUUUGAGGGACUAUUCCAUUGCAAUAAUUCGGGAAAUUGGGGUAGAGUGUGGUGGCUCGAAUGUGCAGUUUGCAGUGAAUCCUGUGGACGGAGAGGUGAUGGUAAUUGAAAUGAAUCCAAGAGUGUCGCGAUCCUCUGCGCUGGCAUCCAAAGCUACCGGCUUUCCCAUUGCCAAGAUGGCUGCAAAAUUAUCUGUAGGAUAUUCUUUGGAUCAGAUUCCGAAUGACAUUACCAAGAAGACACCUGCUAGUUUUGAGCCAUCCAUCGAUUAUGUGGUGACUAAAAUCCCUCGGUUUGCAUUUGAGAAAUUCCCUGGGUCUCAACCAGUUCUUACAACCCAGAUGAAGUCUGUUGGUGAAUCAAUGGCGCUAGGCCGUACUUUCCAGGAAUCUUUUCAGAAAGCAGUUCGAUCCUUGGAGUUGGGCUACUUUGGGUGGGGUUGUGCUCAGGUAAAGGAACUUGAUUGGGAUUGGGACCAGUUGAAAUACAACCUAAGAGUCCCAAACCCAGAUCGAAUGCAUGCCAUAUAUGCCUCAAUGAAGAGGGGUAUGAAAGUGGAUGAUAUUCAUGAGUUGACUCACAUUGACAAGUGGUUCCUCACACAGCUUAAGGAGCUUGUAGAUAUAGAACAGUAUCUUCUUUCUCGUACCUUGUCAAAUCUGACAAAGGAUGAUUUUUACGAGGUGAAGCGGAGAGGUUUUAGUGACAAGCAGAUUGCCUUUGCAACUAAAUCCACUGAGAAGGAAAUCAGAAAGAAGCGGCUAUCUUUGGGUGUUAACCCAGCAUAUAAGCGUGUGGAUACUUGUGCAGCUGAAUUUGAGGCGAACACUCCUUAUAUGUACUCAUCCUAUGAUUUUGAAUGUGAGUCAGCUCCAACCCAAAGGAAGAAGGUUUUGAUCUUAGGUGGAGGACCAAAUAGGAUAGGGCAAGGGAUUGAAUUCGACUAUUGCUGCUGUCACACGUCCUUUGCUCUUCAGAAUGCAGGGUAUGAGACAAUUAUGAUGAACUCGAAUCCUGAGACUGUAUCCACUGACUAUGACACAAGCGACCGUCUCUACUUCGAGCCGUUGACAGUUGAAGAUGUCUUGAACAUUAUUGAUCUGGAGAGACCGGAUGGCAUCAUUGUUCAGUUUGGGGGUCAAACGCCGUUGAAGCUGGCCCUCCCUAUCGAGCAGUAUCUAGAUGAGCAUAGGCUAACAAGUGCCAGUGGGGCUGGGCUUGUCCGCAUAUGGGGCACAUCCCCCGAUUCUAUAGAUGCCGCGGAGGACCGGGAGAGAUUCAAUGCAAUUCUGAAGGAGUUAGAAAUCGAGCAGCCUAAAGGAGGGAUUGCCAAAUGUGAAGAUGAUGCUCUUUCCAUUGCAAAAGAUAUUGGAUAUCCAGUUGUUGUUCGGCCUUCCUAUGUUUUGGGUGGCCGAGCGAUGGAAAUAGUGUAUAGUGAUGACAAGCUUUUGACAUACCUGGAAAAUGCUGUGGAGGUGGACCCAGAGCGUCCUGUAUUGGUUGACAAGUAUUUAUCAGAUGCCAUUGAGAUUGAUGUUGAUGCACUUGCAGACUCUAAUGGAAAUGUGGUGAUUGGUGGGAUCAUGGAGCACAUUGAGCAGGCAGGGGUCCAUUCUGGUGACUCAGCAUGCUCUAUUCCUACAAAAACAAUACCAGCUUCAUGCUUGGCCACAAUUAGGACUUGGACAACAAAGUUGGCUAAGAGGCUCAAUGUUUGUGGGCUUAUGAAUUGUCAAUACGCAAUGACAGCUUCUGGAGAGGUAUUCUUGCUUGAAGCAAAUCCACGUGCUUCCCGAACAGUCCCAUUUGUGUCUAAGGCAAUUGGACACCCAUUAGCGAAGUAUGCUUCCCUUGUCAUGUCUGGGAAAUCUCUUCAUGACCUAAAUUUCACUGAUGAGGUCGUCCCUCGGCACGUGUCCGUAAAGGAAGCAGUUCUGCCCUUUGAAAAGUUCCAAGGAUGUGACGUUUUGUUGGGGCCUGAAAUGCGUAGCACUGGUGAGGUCAUGGGUAUUGAUCAUGAGUUUCCUAGUGCAUUUGCAAAAGCUCAAAUUGCUGCUGGACAGAGGCUACCACUUUCUGGGACUGUCUUCCUCAGCUUAAAUGACUUGACAAAGCCCCACCUCAAAAGGAUUGCAAAAGCUUUUCUGGAUCUUGGUUUUAAAAUUAUUUCAACAUCAGGGACAGCUCAUGUUCUUGAAUUAGCGGGUAUUCCAGCAGAACGGGUGCUGAAGAUGCAUGAGGGGCGACCCCAUCCAGGUGAUAUGAUUGCUAAUGGAGAAAUUCAGUUGAUGGUGAUAACUAGUUCGGGUGAUUCACUUGACCAGAUCGAUGGACGACAGCUGAGAAGGAUGGCCCUUGCCUAUAAGGUUGCCAUAAUAACAACUGUUGCUGGAGCUUUGGCAAGUGCAGAGGCAAUAAGGAGCUUAAAGAGCAGUUCAAUACAGAUGAUUGCUCUUCAGGACUUCUUUGACGACGAAGCAAUAAAAGCACAGAGCAAUAAAAGAUUGCAGUCUGUCUCUAGAUCCCUAUGAUUGACCGUGCUUGCUUUUUCUCUAAUCUAGAUUUAUCGAUGUCUCUAAGAUGUCGGAUGGUGUAAGUUUUGCCAUUUUUAGAAUGUCAUUGUACUUCGAUCUAAGUCAUCUUUUUUUGUUUUUUAAGCAGACAAAGUCUGAAUUUGGCGGUCGUAAUAUUGAGAAACAGCUUGUAUCUACAUGUGAGAUGACUUAGUUAAUCGCUUCACACAGUCCAGUUAAAUGGAGUGGACGUUGGUUGCA